AUGCGCCAUUUAUUUAUUUCUCCCUUCUUCCAACGUCUUCGGACAUCCGUCUCGUUUCUCUGCGUCUCCCCAAUUUCGUCCUCUCUCCCGCCCACCUCGCAUCGUUUAUUCUCGUCAACAAUCGCAGUGUCGGCAAGAAAGAAAAUGCCACUUCUCACGGAAUCCGAGCGAAAUGAUCAACUUUCGGGCUUGAAAUCCGCCGGAUGGAAACUCGUCGAAGGACGUGACGCUAUUCAAAAGGAAUUUCAGUUCAAAGAUUUCAAUGAGGCAUUCGGAUUCAUGACUCGCGUCGGGCUGAAAGCGGAACAGAUGAACCAUCAUCCAGAGUGGUUCAACGUUUAUAAUAAGGUCGAUAUCACUCUUUCCACUCACGACUGCGGAGGCUUGUCGCAGAAUGAUGUCAAAUUGGCCACUUUCAUCGAAACUGUCGCCAAGAAGUGA